AUGGGCUUUUUCAACUUCGACACGGGGAGCGUCCUCUCCGCCCGCUCCUCCCACUCGCGCCGCGUCUCCAAGAAGCACCACAGCAGCAGCAGCAAGCAUCGCUCCCGCUCCAACUCCUCGUCGCGCUCUCGCAAGCGCCACCACGCCGGCGGUAGCAGCAGCGCCGGCGGCGUCCCGGGCAUCGCCGCCUCCAUCUUCGGCGCCGGCAGCCCCGACAACCACAAGCACAACUCGUCCCGCUCCUCCUUCUUCGGCAUCCCCAAUGCCUCGCGCUCUUCCUUCUUCGGCCUCGGAGGCCGCCCCUCGUACUACAAACGCUCGCCCCGCAGCGGCUUCGUCCAGAAGACGCUCAAGCAGGUCAAGCGCCUCUGGCGCGACCUCGUCUACUACGCCAAGAAGCACCCCUACAAGGUCGUCGCCCUCGUCAUCAUGCCCCUCAUCACCGGCGGCUUCCUUACCGCCCUGCUCGCCCGCUUCGGCCUGCGCCUGCCCCCCGGCAUCGAGCGCAUGAUCGGCAUCGGCGCCAGGGCCGCCUCGGGCGACUCCCUCGGCCUCGUCGGCGAGGCCGUCCGCAUGGCCAGCGGCGCCGGCGGCAGCAGUCGCGCCCACGUCGAGCGCGGCUACGACGGGGACUACGCGUGGGAGAGGAGGAGCGUGGAGCGCGAUAGCGGCGGCUGGACUGACGGCCUCAUGAGCGGCGUUGCCAAGAUGUUCAUCUGA